AACAACUGGGUACAAUGGCCAGCAGAUCCUGUAUAUGUCAGGUGUCGGCUGGAAUUAUAUUCCUGAUUGGAGCUGCUCUUCUGGUUGCCGGACUAGUAAUUGUGCUUAAUGUGUUCCCUAACAUUGUCAAUAAUCAAAUUAAUGACAGCAAAGUUCUAGGGUUGAAUGCUGAUGGAACACUCAACUCUUUUACUGACAGUUGGGUCAAUUCCAAAUACAUUUCUACUAUGCAGUACUGGGUUUAUGACUACACCAACACAAUCGGAAUAAUGAAUCGAGCAAUUUACCCGGAUGUUCGAGAAAAGGGUCCCUAUGCAUUUGAUGAGAUUCUUACUAUGGACAAAUUAAACUUUUCUGAAAAUGGAGAAUUCAUGGAGUUCCGCCAAAUUCAAACAUUUGUGUUCAACCCGAACAAGUCGUGUGCAGGAUGUGACCCGUAUAAGGAUAAAGUUUUGAUUCCGGAUAUGGGAUUUCAAGUGGGAAUCGACCAAAUUGAUACAGUGAUAGAAGGUAUACUAAAAAACCCACUUGCUGCAACAAUUUGUCACGCAAUAAUGAAGGGAAAACCAAACGCCAACCAAACAUGUUCAAAUCUGGGAGCUUUAAUCGAAGGAGAACUGGGUACACUGAUCAGCUUAUUCAAUGUGUCUCCGUUCACAACUGUGACUGUCGAUCAAUUGCUCUUUUCGGGCUAUAAAACUCCAUUUGUAGAAAAGUUUUUGGACGAAGCAUUGGGCAUGCUGCACUUUUUGUUUGGAACUGCACCGAAACCUCUUGACGAUCCACCAAUUCAACUUAAUCCGUUAAAUGGAACCAGUGACAUUAUAAAUACGGUGCUCACAGGAAAAACCGAUCCACUUAAAGCAGGAUAUAUGACAGAGUUUAGAAGUAUUUCGAAUAACUCCUUGUUCAACAGUAUUGGUAAUACACUUCCUCCAAUGUGGUGGCCCUACGCUAAUAAAACGUACUGCAAGGACCCGAACUCGGCGUUGGUGCUGACUGGAACUAAUGGUGACUACUUCAAAAACUUUGUAAAAAAGACUGACAUUCUACCAGCAUUCGUGUCGGAUGUAUGUAGAACGAUCCAUUUUGUAUUCGAUCGUGAAGUAACUGUAAAAGGAUUCAAAGGAUAUCGUUUCGUGAUGCCUCCGACACAAUUCGACUACAGUCUUGAUGAAAAUUGCGGAUACUGCAUACCAUUAAAGUACGGAUCAUAUGAGUAUCCAGCUCAAAGCGCAUGUUUACCAAGUGGACUAUUGGAUAUCAGCCAAUGUACCGGUGGCCCCAUUAUCAUGUCAAAGCCGCAUUUCUAUCAAGCCAGUAAAGUUGUCUCAAAGUUUGUUCCUAGAUUCAAACCGACAUAUGAUAAUGAUGAGACUAUGUUGGAUAUUGAACCGAAUACCGGAACAGUGCUUCAAGCUCAGAAGAGACUGCAAAUUAACAUGCUUGUCAACCAGUUCAAACAUAUUCGAUCUUACUCGGUGAUGAGACCUGGAGCGUAUCCAUUGGCGUGGGUGAAUGAAUCAUUCUAUAUGGAUCAGAAUACAAUUGAUCAGCUAAAUUCUCAAUUGUUCACACCUGUCAGCACGGUUAACACAAUUUGUUGGAUAGCUGUUGGACUUGGCGCUGGUCUCAUUGCCUUGUCGAUUGUUAUGGUUAUUGUAUCAUUCUGCUGUUUUAGAGAUGAACAUCACAAAACUUCAUAAUUAAUUUUUUUUUCAAAUUUAUUAUACUUCUAAUUUGCUUUCAAACAACACUCUUUAUACUUU